GUAUGUAUGUAUGUAUGUAUGUAUGUAUGUAUGUAUAUGUAUGGCACAACGUAGAUCCUCAGAAAUGCACUGCUGGGGGAUCGCGCUGGCCAGCACCGUGUUUUUGGCAGCUGGGGCUCUUUCGCCUUGCCUCGGCCUGUAUAGAGGCCGCUCUCUCGAACCCCCGGCGAGAAACUGCCCUCGGGGACGGGGCCCAUCGAUGCUCCUCCGGACGCGCGUCAGCACCGGAGCGUAUCUGUUUCCCGGCUCCGCCGACGCCGCGCGGCACCGUGCCGUCCCUUCUUGUGGUGCCUGCGCUGCUUCGGGGGACGCGCGCACGCUGCAGCGCGGACGCGCGCCCCGAGGAGCCGUCGCGUCGAGCAAGGCCUCGGGGCCCCCGGGCUGCAGGAGUCCGGUCCGCCGGAGGCCCGCCCCGAGAUGCCCGUGGCCCGGAGCGUGCUGCGGGCGGUGGCCGUCUCGCGCUUCUUCGACUCCCUCGGGGGCGCCUCCGACGAGGUGAAGAGGCUGGUCUGGGCCUUCCUGCCCGGGCGGCGCGAGGACGACGACGCGCGGCGCGCGCUGGCCGCCGUGCGCCGCGACGGCAUGCAGCUGCUGGGCGCCGCGGCGGGCUUCGCGGGCGACCGCGAGGUCGUGCUCUGCGCGGUGGCCCAGAACGCCCUCGUGCUCGGCUACGCCUCGGAGGCCCUGCGAGGCGACAGGUGCGUGGUGCUGGCGGCGGUGAGGGGCAACGGCCACGCGUUGCAGUACGCCGCCGAGCACCUCCGGGCCGACCGGGAGGUCGUGCUCGCCGCCGUGGGCCAGACUUGCCGCGCCCUGGAGUACGCGGCGGAGCCGCUGAGGACCGACCCGGGCGUGGUGCUCGCGGCCUCGGCGCAGGACGUCCUCGCGCUGCAGUUUGCCUCGGGGGCGCUGCUCGCCGAGCGCUCCUUCGUGCUCGAGGCCGUGGCGGCGAACGGCUGCGCGCUGCGUCACGCCUCCAAGGCCCUGCGCGACGACCGCGGGGUCGUCGCCGCGGCCGUCGCGCAAAACGCCCUGGCGCUCCCUUCGCGUCCCCUCGCUGGCAGGCGGACGCGGACAUGCAGAUGCUGGCCUCCUGCGCGCGGCGGCACGGGCGGACGCGCUGGGACGACCUGCGGUCGCUGCCGGUCCUGGCGAGGCGCCGCGCCAGCGGCGACGCUCCCCGGGUGACAAGAAAAGAUGCCCAGCGAAAAAGCCGCAGCAGGCUGGUGCAGAGGUCUGGGCCUGCCUCGCGAGCG